AUGUACCUCACUCUGUACUUCCUCACCACCCGCCUCCAUGACACCCUUCGAGCUAUUCGCGAUCACUUUCUCGCUCUUGAUCCCACCAAGAUCACCCUCGACUCGUUUGAGACCCGCCUCUUAAAGGCUGAGUCCGCUGUCCUUGCUGUAUCUGCCUCUCGUGGCGCUCCUCUCCCCUCUGCCUUCGAGGGGUGCUCCCUUUCCCUGCUCGUGCCGUCUGUCGCCUCCGCUGCUACGUAUGCUACUGAGGAGGUCGGUGCUACGUAUGCUCCUAGUGGGACGCACCGCAGCGGUAGGGGCAAGGGCGGCAAGGGCGGGGGUGGUGGUCGUGGUGGGGGUGGCGGGGGCGGCGGCAGUGGUGGUGGUGCUGGUGGUGGUGGUGGUGGGGGAGGAGGCGGUGGCGGCGGCAGUGGAGGCGGAGGGGGUGGUGGGAGCAGUGGGGGUGGUGGCGGAGGUGGGAGUGGCACUUGGGUGGAGCUGCUGGGGGCGGAGCUGGAGGUUUGGCCACGCGCACUGCUUCGUCUGGCGGUGCGGAAGGUGGUGGAGGUGGCUCUGGGGGUGGUCAGCAGCCGCAGCCGGGUCGCCAUGUGGCCCUCUCGCCACAACAGCUUCUUGCUUAAGCAUGGCGUCGAUAUGUUUGCUUGUGAUUGGGACGCUAUCCAUGCUGGCAUGUAUGCGAUGUAUGCUGCUUCUGCUAGUGAUGAGGGUGACUAUUACUCGUGUGUGCCUAGAGUUGCUAGUGUAGAGGCUGGUAGUCUAGGUGCUUUUGACUCCGCUAGCACGGGUGCAGGGCCUGAGGAGGCCCUGCACACUUUCACCCUGGACUCCGGCAUGUCUCGCUGCUUCUUCCACGACAGCAACACAGUCACCCCACUCACAGUCCCUGUCCCUGUCGCUCUGGCCCACCCCUUCGGUGGUCCAGUUGUUGCUCGUGGCUCCACGGUUCUCUAG